GCCAUCAGGCCGCUGAGCCCAGACUGUACUGCAGGAGAGGCAGCGGCGCUGGUGCUGGUGGCCGUGCUGUGGGGCAGUACUGGGCCCUUCCUGCGGAGGGGCGCAGCGGGGCUGGAGGAGGUGCGGCGCCAGGGCCGCCUGCAGCAGCUGCUGGCCGAGAUUCGCUUCCUGGGCCUCAACUACAAGUACGUGGUGCCCUUUCUGCUCAAUCAAGGUGGAUCUGUCCUCUUCUAUCUCACCUUGGCAUCUGCAGAUCUGUCCCUGGCCGUUCCGCUCUGUAACUCCCUGGCUGUGAUAGUCACGCUGGUGACGGGGAGGAUCCUGGGAGAGGACAUCGGUGGUAAGAGCUGGAUCUGA